GAUCGCGUUCGAAUUCUAAGCUCGCGUACUCACACUCAUACUAAACAUAUAUACUAUAUAUAGCAAAUAUAUAUAGGUAUAUCUGUGUGCUCAUCUACGGAUUCACUGAUCCGAUAAGAUUCGAAAUUACUCGUAUUAUUACUCGUACAAUAUGUGGCGCCUACUGUUCGCUUUACUGGUGAUGAUGAGUGUGGUCCGAUCAGAGACAGAUCUGUGGCGAUCCGAUCUCCGCACUCCCGAGACCCAGGCCUACAUCAUGCGGCUCCAGCAAGAGAACGCGCAACAGCAGCAAGACAGCCAACAGCCAUCACAGCCCGAGUUCCAGUUCCAGCCCAUACAGGAAUCAGCACCUCUGCUAUCGCCCGGCCUUGUCAGUGGCCUUCCCAACAAGAACGUGAACAGUCGGAUAGGGUCAACAACUGGGAGUGCUGGCAGCUCUGCUUGGGGUGGCGGUGGUGCUUCUUCCGGCUCCGCUUCCGGCUCAUCCUACGUGGACGUUGCCAGCUCGGAUCAGAUAGCUCGCAGUGUGUUGAACUUCGCCCAGAAUCUGGCGAAUCAACUGAGCGGUAGAUAUCGCAAGACAGAGGUAUUCUCGCCUCUCAGCAUUGUCUCUUCGCUGGCUCUGCUACUGCUCGGCGCCAAGGGACGCAGCUACCAGGAGCUGUCGUCUGUGUUCGGCACGUCGGAUACAAUCAAAUUUCACGAGCAAUUCGGCCUGAUGCUCCAGGAUGUGCGGCAACCCAACCUCGAGAUGGUGUCCUCCGGCCGCCCACUCGUCCCGUGGCGGACAAGUAAUGGCCAGCGCACGUACCGACGAUAUCUGCGACCUGCACCCCACGAGGUGCAUCUGGCCAACGGACUUUUCACCCAGACGGGCUACACGCUCAAUGCCGGCUACAGUCAAGUGAUCCGUGAAAUAUAUGGAUCGGAUCUGGAGACGCAGGAUUUUGAAGCGAGUCCGGCUAAGGCGCGUUACAACAUCAACAGCUGGGUGGCGCAACACACGCGAAACCAUAUUGACAGCAUCAUAUCAAGCGAUAUACCGCAGAGUACUCGAAUGAUUCUGGCCAAUGCCCUGUACUUCAAGGGCUUCUGGGAGACGGACUUCAUCGAGUCAGCCACCAAGCCGGACAGUUUCUAUCCGAAUGGCGAGGGCACACAACCGGUGCUGAGUGUCCCGAUGAUGGCUACGGGGGGCAGUUUUCCCUACCACGAGGAUCAUCAGCUGGGCUGCAAGAUCCUUGGCCUGCCCUAUCGCGGCAACCUGAGCACCAUGUAUAUCAUCCAGCCCUUCAAGUCGUCGGUGGACAAGUUGAAUAUGCUCCAGCAGAGACUGAACGCAGACGUGAUCGAGGACCUGAUCAGCAGGAUGGUUCGCCGGUCUGCCGUGAUGGCCUUUCCCAAGAUGCACAUUACAGAGUCCGUCAGCCUGAAGACCAUGCUCCAGCACAUGGGUAUCGGCGGCAUCUUCAGUACAGUCCAAAACGAUCUAUCCCUGAUUGCCACAAAUGAGGCGCAAUCUGCGGCGGGUGGUCACUCGGCCUCCUCAGAUCGACUGAGCAAUAGUCUGGGGGGCAACGCCUUACAUAAUCUGGAGGCCCAACGGAGUGCAUCUCCAGCGGCACGCUCCGAUCUAGUGGUGGAUGACAUUGUCCACAAGGUUGACUUCACCGUCAACGAACAGGGCACGGAGGCAGCGGCGGCCACGGUCACGUAUGUGAAGAAAUCCGGACCCGAUGUACUCUUCCGGGGCGACACACCAUUCAUUGUCUUGGUGCGCCAUGAUCCAACCAAGCUUAUCCUGUUCUAUGGGAUCAUCAAUGAACCGCCAACGGCUAAUUAGGUUUCGUUUCGAAUGUCUAGGAAUUAGUAUGUAAGAUCGUUGACUUUUUAGUUAGGCAUUUAAGAAGCAAUUUAAUAUGAUAAUAAACUAAGUGAAAUAGUGUA